UCCAAUGCAAAUGGCUUUAUACUUUCUAUGGUGAAAGUUAAGGUUGCACCGUAAAUAAAACAAAAGCUUUUGCACUAAAGGACGAAAAAGCUGUUGCAAAAUGGAGGUUGCAAUGGUGAGUGCAGAUAGCUCUGGGUGCAACAGCCAUAUGCCCUAUGGAUAUGCGGUCCAAGCUCGGGCCAGAGAGAGAGAGAGGCUGGCACAAUCAAGAGCUGCAGCAGCUGCAGCUGUAGCAGCAGCAACUGCAGCAGUAGAAGGGGGGGCAACAGGUGGAGGUGGACCGUAUCACCACUAUCACCAGGAACAGAGUCGAGGUGCUUCUUCCUCACACGGUGGGAACGCAUCACGCAGCAGCCUGCCCAACCGCCACAGUGGUAAGAGAUGGAAGAAAGGCAAAAAGAGGAGCCACCACUUGGGAAGCAGGGAGUGUGGAGCCUCCUUCCCCUGUUCUGAGCUGCUUCCUCUCAGUGGUUCUGAAGAGAGAAUACUGAAGGACGUGAGUGAGGAGGAAGAGGAGGAUGAAGAUGAGGAUGAAGACGAUGAGGAAGAAGGAAAACUCUACUACAGUGCCGACUAUGGGGAGGAUGAGUUUUCGUACUCAGACCAGCCACCUGAUGAUGGUGGAGGCCCCGGGGGUUACAGCUCUGUUCGCUACAGUGAGUACGAGUGUUGUGAGCGUGUGGUGAUCAAUGUGUCAGGACUGCGGUUUGAGACACAACUGAAGACAUUGGCUCAGUUCCCGGAGACAUUGUUGGGUGAUCCAGCGAAGCGAGGCAGAUACUUUGACCCUCUCAGAAACGAAUACUUCUUUGAUAGGAACCGUCCCAGCUUUGAUGCCAUACUGUACUACUACCAGAGUGGUGGUCGGCUGAAGAGGCCAGUCAAUGUACCCUUUGACAUCUUCAGUGAGGAGGUGAAAUUCUACCAGCUUGGGGAGGAAGCCAUGCUCAAGUUUAGGGAAGAUGAAGGGUUUGUCAAAGAGGAAGAGGACAAAGUUUUGCCGGAGAAUGAGUUUAAGAGGCAGGUCUGGCUACUGUUUGAGUACCCAGAGAGCUCCAGUCCAGCCAGGGGCAUUGCCAUUGUCUCUGUCUUAGUCAUCUUGAUCUCCAUUGUCAUCUUUUGUCUGGAGACUUUGCCGGAGUUCAGAGAUGACAAAGAAUUCAUAAUGUCCCUGAGCUCAGGGAAGGGUCUUUCCAAUGAGUCGCUUCACUUGGACGCUGGGGAGCACACCAUCUUCAAUGACCCUUUUUUCAUUGUAGAGACAGUAUGCAUCAUUUGGUUCUCCUUUGAGUUUACAGUGCGCUGCUUUGCAUGUCCAAGCAAAGCACAUUUCCUCAAGAACAUCAUGAACAUCAUAGACAUUGUCUCCAUCUUGCCUUAUUUCAUUACUCUGGGCACUGACUUGGCGCAGGAGCAAGGCAGUAAUGGUCAACAGGCCAUGUCUUUUGCCAUCCUGAGGAUCAUCCGUCUGGUCAGAGUGUUUCGCAUCUUCAAGCUUUCCAGGCACUCCAAGGGUUUGCAGAUCCUGGGUCACACACUCAGAGCAAGCAUGAGGGAACUCGGCCUCCUCAUUUUUUUCCUUUUUAUUGGAGUAAUUUUGUUUUCCAGUGCUGUUUACUUCGCAGAAGCUGAUGAGCCUGCCACCCAUUUUCAGAGCAUCCCAGAUGCUUUUUGGUGGGCCGUGGUGACCAUGACUACUGUUGGUUAUGGGGACAUGAAACCCAUAACUGUGGGUGGGAAAAUAGUUGGGUCCCUGUGUGCCAUCGCGGGAGUGUUAACCAUUGCUUUACCAGUGCCAGUGAUUGUCUCCAAUUUUAACUAUUUCUACCACAGAGAGACUGAGAAUGAAGAACAAACGCAGCUGAUGCAAAAUGCAGUCAGUUGCCCUUACCUCCCAACAAAUUUACUGAAGAAAUUUAGAAGCUCAUCAUCUUCAUCCACAGAGGAUAAAUCAGAGUAUUUGGAGAUGGAAGAAGGAGUUAAAGAAUCUCUUUGUGUAAAGGAGAAAAAAAGUCAGGACACGGGGAACAGCAGUGAGUCAGAGAAAAAAAACUGUGUAAAUUCAAAUUCUGUGGAAACUGAUGUGUAAUUUCCAAAUAUAUUUAUUUUAUGUUUCCAAAUAUAUUUAUGCAUUAAAGAGUGCAGUGGAAAUAAUGAAAUAUGCAAAUGAGUCCGCAGCAUACAGUAGUAUGCCAUUUAAUGGUUAAAUACAAAUAAAAAAACAUUGUUAAACUUGUAUAACAUAUCAAGUAAGUGGUAGAACUUGAGGAAGGGGUUGCUAGAUCUGAUAUAACUUCAGACUGUGUUUGUUUUUUUAGAAUGCAAGUGUUUUGCACAUGAGGCUGAAAAAUUUAUUAAAACCAAGUCAGUUUUAAAGUGAGUGCAUGAACUGUCGACAUCACUAAUAACAGCUCUGUGGUAAAAGUUGGCAUUCAGAGGUAUUUACUAUGUAAGAAGCAAUGAACUUUGGAAGUCAUUUAUCUAUUUAUCAGUGCUUUAAUAGCAGCUACCAUAAAUCAUUGGAUACCAUAGUCUUGUUUUUCAAAUGGUAAAUUUAUUGUAUAAAGUUAUUCUACAGAAGAUAGAUCUAAUUUUUUUUUUUUUUCUUGGAAUCUAUAAUGCUUGUUUUUAACUGGAAAUUUACUUUGAGAAGGCUGCUGAACCUCCAGAAAUGAUUUAUUUUUAUAACUCUCUUUGGAGGCGUUGCAGCAUUUGUUGUCUAAUAACGAAAGUAAUGAAAUAAGAGAAUUGUUUAGCCUGGUCUGACUGCAAAGGCAAAAUGACUGGAAUGCUUUUUUGCACUACUUUAUAUGCUGGAGUUAUACUGAAAGAGACUUCAU